ACUUUUUCAUUUUUUCUUAAAAGUUAUACUAUCGACCUAGUGUCGUGCUAAAAUCGAAUAGGUUCUAAACAGAUGAAAGAAUCCUGCGUUGAUUACAUGUUUUCUUGAAUUUAAGAUUGCAACUCAGUUCAUUUUUAUAUUUUGUGUAUCUUUAAAUUUACUUUAGUUUUUCCUUCUUCUUCUUUUCUUUUUAACUUAAUUUUUUUAAAAAAUGGCAUUAGGUUUCGGUAGCAAGAAGACUAAAUCAUCGGAGGAUGAAACCCCCACUAGUAAUGACGUCGAUAAACUUUCCAUGAAGAACUUGGAUACUGCGGAAAAGAGUCAAUUUGGUGAAUUCAAAGAGUUUUUAAAGGUUGUCAUUAGUUUCACAGGUGAUCUUUCUUCUUUGACCUGUCCUGCUUUCUUUUUGAACGGACUUUCAUUAUUGGAAUAUGGUACAUAUUGGGGUGAUCAUCCUUCGAGCUUCACGGCUAUUAGUCAGGCCAAGUUACCUGAAGAUCGUCUUUUGGCUAUAUCCAGAUGGUUUAUCUCCACUCUUUGGGGUAGUUAUGCCUCUCGUUGUACGAAUGGUAAAUAUGAAAAGAAACCCUAUAAUCCUAUUUUGGGCGAACAAUUCUUUUGUGAUAUGGGCGAUGCCAAGUGUGUCUGUGAACAGGUCGGUCAUCACCCUCCUAUUUCCGCAUUUUAUUUGGAAGAUGAAAAGGCUGGUGUUUCUUUAAAUGGUCACAGCGGACAAAAGUCAAAAUUCAAGGGUACUUCCAUUCGAGUUGAACAAGUUGGCAGAGCUGUCUUAUAUCUCAAGCAUUAUGAUGAACAAUAUAUGAUUGACUUCCCCGACCUUCUGAUUCGUGGCGUGCUUACAGGUGGUGCAUUUAUUGAAUUGGGCGGCUCUUGUACUAUUAUUGGAUCUAAUAAUACAAAAGCAGUAAUUGAAUUUGUUCCUAAGCCAUGGUUUGGUGGAGAGUAUAAUCAUAUCAAGGGUUCACUUUAUUCUGAUGGUAAAGUAUAUUACAAUUUAUCUGGCAGAUGGAGCCAUCAGUCCUUUUAUAGUAAGGCUGGUGAUGCUUCCGGCACCAAAGAGCUCUUAUUUGAUGCUGAGGCUGAACCUAUGGCUGAACGUAUUACUGCUCCCGUACAAGAACAAAAGGAGAUUGAAACACAUCGUGUUUGGGGCCCUGUGACUGAGGCUUUAAAAGAAAAGAAUUUCAAGGUUGCUAAUGCUGAAAAGUCAAAGAUUGAGGAUUGGCAGCGUGGUAUUCGUAAGGAGCGUGAGGUAAAUAAAGAAGUUUGGGAACCAAAACUGUUCAAUUUUGAAAAAGAUGUCGAUGCUGAAAAUGGCGGUGAUUACCAAAAGAAGAACGCUGGAUUAAAGACCAGUAUCGACUCCAAACAUCACUUAGAUGCUGGUGCUUGGACUUACAGCAAAUCUCUUCACCUCCGUAAAUAGUUGAUAAACAUACAAUAAUCGCUUAAUAAUUAAUACCACAUUAAAUUCAGACAAAUUAAAAUAAAAUAAAAACAAAGGUUUAAAUUUAGUUAUCACAGUAUGAUUGUUUGUAUUACAGAGGCUGAUGCUGCUUACGCUUUUAAGAUAGUAUCUUGCUGUCAAACGUCUUUACUACAACAGCAUUUUUGUGUCAAAGUGUAGUAUAUCUGUAGUUAGAAGUACUCCCUGUUUAUUAAAGUCAUACCUUCCUGUCGGAAAAGAACUUUAGAGAUACAUAUGCAUAAUAUUUGCUUCAUGAAUUAAGUAAUAUGUC